AUGUCAGGCAAUCCCGGGAACGCGGCAGCCCCGAAGCGGCAGCGGAGGCGGCGCCCGAGGGACGCGGAGGACGGCUCCGCGUUCCCCAGGGUUGUCACGAGCCGGCCAAGAGGUGCCGACCAGGUCCGCGAGGUGGCCAUGGUGCCAGCGGAGGCCAUGGAUAUCGAUGCGGGGACAAGUUCUAACGCCGCCACAGGAGGCGUGGAUGGAUCGUACCUCAGCGACACACGGUUCGAUCAAUGCGCUGUUUCUCCAUUGUCAUUGCAAGGAAUCAAAGAUGCUGGGUAUGAAAGGCUGACCCGCGUCCAGGAGGCAACUCUGCCAGUAAUUCUUCAAGGCAAGGAUGUUCUUGCAAAAGCAAAGACUGGAACAGGAAAAACCGUUGCAUUUUUGCUUCCAGCCAUUGAACUUCUGUCUACAUUACCCUGUUCUACAUCGAUAAAUUUGCUGGUGAUGCUCCCUACUAGGGAGCUCGCAUACCAAGUGGCCGUUGAGGCUAGGAAGCUUCUUAAGUAUCACAGCUCACUGGGCGUGCAGGUUGUAAUUGGUGGCACAAAAUUAUCUCAAGAGCAAAGAAGCAUGCGAUCCACGCCAUGUCAGAUUCUUGUUGCUACACCUGGAAGGCUCAUCGAUCAUCUUCAAAACACACCUGGUUUUUCUGCCCGGAUUAAAGGUGUGAAGGUUCUUGUUCUUGAUGAAGCUGACCGCCUAUUGGAUAUGGGAUUCAGAAGAGAUAUUGAGAAAAUAAUUGCUUUCAUUCCUAAGGAACGGCAAACACUGCUAUUUUCUGCUACUGUUCCAGGAGAGGUCCGUGAAGUAUCUCAUUUAGCAAUGCAGAAGGAUUACAAGUUCAUCAAUACUGUUCAAGAGGGUGAUGAGGAGACACAUGCACAGGUAAAUCAGAUGUACAUGGUUGCACCAUUAGACCUCCACUUCUCUAUAUUAUAUGGUGUCUUAAAGAAGCAUAUUGCAGAAGAUGCAGAAUACAAAGUUAUUAUAUUCUGUACUACAGCAAUGGUCACCAAGCUUGUUGCUGAAAUUCUCUCCCAGCUGAAACUGAAUAUAAGAGAGAUUCAUUCCAGGAAGUCACAAUCUGCCAGAACAAAGGUCUCAGAUGAAUUUAGGAAGUCAAAGGGCUUGAUAUUAGUCAGUUCUGAUGUUUCUGCCCGUGGUGUUGAUUAUCCUGAUGUCUCGCUUGUCAUACAGGUUGGGUUGCCUUCUGAUAGACAGCAGUAUAUACAUAGACUUGGUCGUACUGGAAGGAAAGGCAAGGAAGGGCAAGGCAUUUUACUGUUAGCUCACUGGGAAAAAUAUUUCCUUAGUAGCGUUAAUGAUCUGUCAAUAACAGAGACGGUGGCACCUCCAGUUAAUCCAAGCAUUCAAACAGAAGUGAAAGGUGCCAUCAGGAGAGUGGAGAUAAAGACGAAAGAAUCGGCCUAUCAAGCAUGGUUAGGGUACUACAACUCAAACAAGACCAUCAGCAGAGACAAGUCAAGACUUGUUAAGCUUGCAGAGGACUUCAGUCAGAGCAUGGAGCUUGAAAUUGUGCCAGCCAUACCGAAACUCAUUCUUCGGAAGAUGGGCCUUCAAAAUGUUCCUGGGCUGAGGUCUUCGUGA